AUGGAGCAAGUGUUUUACUUGAAAGAGAGAGAGGUUGUAGAGAAUAGUGAGAAUGUGGUGGGGGGGGGGGGGGGUGAUGACGCGGUGGGGGGGUGGGGAGAGGGGGGGGUGAGUGUAGGUGAGGGUGUGUGGGUGUGGGUGGGGGGAUUGGGGUGUGGGAUGAUGUGGGUAUGGGGGUACUGGGGGGUUGAUGGGGGUGAAGUUAGGGGGGGGAUGGUAUGGGGGUGUGGGGGGGGUGGGGGGGGGGGGGGGGUGUGUUGGUGGGGGGGUGGUGAGGGGGGGGUUGGUGGAUGGUUUUGGGUUGGGGUUGGGGGGGAUGAGGGGGGGGGUGGGGGAGUGGUGUUUGGUUUAGUGGGGGGUUGUGGGGAGGGGGGGGGUGGAGAUAUGGGGGAGGGGUGA